AUGAAUCUCGUCAAAAGUCUCGCUGGAGCCUCUGGGCAAUGGCAACAUUAUUUAAUGGACAAUGUUCCUUAUCUUGGUCAAGUCAUUGAGUGCGAUUUGAUUUUUAUAAUGUGCAGGGCUUCUUCUUCAGAAAUUCGGUGUAUUCAAAUUGGUGAACCUCGGGUUAAAGAGCAAGCCCUCACACAAGGUUUCGAUGAAUCUUCCACCAGUGACUUGUAUACACGUUUUCUAGCUGCCAUUAGAGUCCCGACUGAUGAUCUUCAUAUAUAUAAGCAGGCGAACAGUGUAGCCUUUGAGCUGUGUGUUACCCAGGACAUCAGAUUGCACCUUAAAUUUAAAUGCAUUGACCUCCAUCCAGAGACGAGGAUUCAAAUUUACAGAUCAAUUGCGUGUUCACGUACCAGGGAUGUCAACUUCAUGAACAGUGCAUUUCAAAGCUUGUUGUCAGUAAUUACAAGGAAAGAUGAGGCCCUGCGAUAUUUGAAAGACACCAUUAAAGACUUAGGAUACAACAGCGUGCUUCAAAAAUGGGCACCACCAGGUUCGUUGAAUGAGAUUGUCUCAGAUGAAUUUGAAGUUGAACGUUGGUGUCGAAAUUAUGUCCAUUCUUUGCUGAGUUCCACACAAGGUUUGAAUUCACUGUCAUCUGCCGAGAAAAAUUCCAAGAUUCUCACAAGAUUGUAUUCCGAGGUCCACUCUUGUGAAUCUGUAACUAUAAAAGGGAGACGACGCUUGUCAGGUGGCUUGAAUGAUGUCACUUCAAUGGACAGUUUUCAAGACAGUUUCAAUAGUCUCGAUGAGGGAGCCACAUCUGUUACUGACGAAAGUCAGUCGACUAGAGAAGAGGGCAACGAAUUCAAUUCUGCUCCUAGGACCAGUCAACAGUUACUUCCACCGGUUGAGGAAGAGACACUUUCCGAAGGGAACGAGGCUGGCUCUGGGGCCGAAACGUCACCUUCCAAGAAAAAACGAAGAUUUGGCAAAAUAAAAUCAGACGAUUGA